ACCCCAAACCCUCCUCGGACCUCGGCGCCGCCCAAAGUGCGACCGAAGAGAGAGAGAGAAAUCCUCGGCGCUUCUCCAUGGCGGCGGCGGCGGAGGAACCGGAGCCGAAGCCCGAAAUCGAAACCCCACCGCCGGCCCGCGAGCCUCCAACUGAGCCACCAGCCGCCGCCCCCGCCCCCGCCGCCGCAGCCAGCGACCGACCGCUGCAGCCAUGGGAGCAGCACGCGGCGGUGAUAAACCUCCCGCGCUACGACUACCGCGCGUCGGGCUCCCUCCUCCUCCGCUCCCACUCCGGCUUCCUCAUCACCUGCCCCAUCAAACGUGAGAAAAGCGCAACAAAGGAAGCCAUUUCCAUUCUUGAAAAUUCCAUUGGUCAUGCAAACAGCUAUAGUUCUGAAAAGUCAGAACCAAGUGAUACGGAAGUUUCAGCAAAGAAAAGGAAAAUAUGUUCCGAGACACCAGAUAUUGAAAAUUCAGGAGAUGCAGUAACAUAUGAGAAGGGUGAUGCUUCAGAAACAACUGGCAGUGUAGAAAAAGACUCAGUUUCACCUCACUCCAAAACAAGUAAAAAUGUUGACGACACUUCAAAUCUCUCACUGGUUAAACUGUCAAGAAGUGGCUUGCUUUUCUUUUCGUUUCCUAGCGGAGGCCUUCGUGUUGUUCAAAUGCUUACACAAAUGUUUCAUUCACUGCAUUCUGGCAAGCUUAAAUCUCCACAAUGGUGUCAUCGCAUAUUUCCUAUUCAGGAAACAUGUGUUCUGUCAGAAGCAGAACUACAUACUACUGUGUCAAAGUUAUUUCUUGACUUUGUAAAGAGUAAGGAAGACCAAGAUGAGCCUAUCAAGUUCGCAGUUGGGUAUAAUAGAAGAGGCAUUGAUGAAACAGAGAUGAAAGGGCAGAAGAAUGGCAAUGAAGGUUCAAAACAACAAACUUUAAUGGACAGGGACCAAUGCUUCAAGGUCGUUGCUGGUGCCGUCAAAUCAGUUGCUGAGAACUCAAUUGUGGAUCUCAGAUCUCCUGAGGUGGCAGUACUAGUGGAGAUGCUCCCUAUUUCUGGGGUAUCCCUGGGAUCUUCAGUGGCUGGGGUGUCCGUUCUCCCGUCUGAACUCAUCUCGACUAAGCCUCGUCUCUGUGUCAAGGCUUUGGUGCCUGAUGCAAAAGCGGCAAAGAAGAAGUGAUGCCUCCUUGGUUGAUAUCAAUCAGAUGGCACCGUGAUGGGCAUAAUACAGAUGAUACAAUUUGAUCAGUCUGCUCAUUUCAAGUUUACAACUCUGCGGCAGCUUGAAUCUUCUAUGGUCGAGAUGGUUUAACAAACAUCAAACCCUUCCAUGGUUGCGUGCUGUUCUACGCAUCAUAUCAUCUGUAGUCCCCACCAACUGCUGUUUGGCUGGUUUUGGGUAGGUCAGUGUAUAAGUUGCAGCCCUGCAGAGUUCGUUCAUGCAGCUCUUGGAGGGUACUUCUUGUCGUUAUUUUUGCAUGUUGCGAUGUCAAAACCAUGAGGUCGCUGGCUAUUAUGGUGUUCUACUGUUUUCUGAACUUUAUCUAUUAUGGCCAGUUCAGACAAAAGCAUGCAUGUUGCUGAAGAAGCAGCUACUGAGAUGGCUUUUGUUUCGUCCACCGUACUUUUUCCCUGCAAUCUACUGUGGUGCUCAUCAUGGUAA